AUGUUGUCGCUGGGAGGAUCGAUCGCUGGGAGACGAGGGCGAGGGAGCUACGAGAAAUGGCAGCGGGUGAGUAAGCAAGGAGUGGUCGACGUUGAAGCGGAGGAAUCUAUUUCCUGCUUUCGUGAUGGCGCGGGCUUGGUCGGGUAUACGAUCCUACCAGAGAAGCACCCGGUUGAGGAAUUGGAGCGGGAUGCGAGGAGCGAUGAGGCUGGGAGUGCUCGAGCUAGGAUUUUGGACGUGAAGGGGAACACCCAUCAUAGCAUGGUGGGUGUAGAAGAUAGUCGCUCAGUCAUGUCGACUUGGCGGGAUACCGCCGUUGCACACCCAGGGAUGAUUGCGAGGAGAGAGUCGGAGGUGCCGAUUCAAGAGACGGACAUCGUGUCUAGAAAGCGAUAA